AUGUAUAGGAUUUGGUACAAGCUUAGACUGCUGAAAGCAAAGCUGAAAGGGGUUAAUGAUUAUGUGGCUUCAUACAAGCAGAGACUCUGUCAAGCAAGGCUGAGACUAGAAGUGAUUCAAUCAGGUAUCUCUGGACAACCUCUUUGCCAGUACCUUAUUGACCAAGAAAAGGCUACACUGCUGGAAAUUGAACACUGGAGCUUGGUAGAGGAGAAGGCACUUAGACAAAAAUCAAGGGCAAGUUGGGUAAACUAUGGUGAUUCAAAUUCCAGAUACUUUUAUGUUCAAUGGAAGAUGAGAGCCUGUAGGAACUCUAUCACCUCUAUAUAUAAUAAGAAUGGCACUAAACUCACUGAUCCAAGUCAGGUGGAGAAUGAGUUCAUAAACUUCUUUAUAAAGCUUAUGGGAGAGUCUGGGGCAACUCAUCCUUGUCCUAACUCAGAAAUUAUAAAAAAAGGAAAGUGCUUGACAAGUGAACAAAAGAAUUACUUGAUCGGAGAGGUCACAAGGGAGGAGGUGUUAACUGCUAUAAAGGAAAUGCCCAAGGACAAAGCUCUAGGGGUUGAUGAUUUUCCCAUAGAGUUCUUCACAAGGCAAUGGCAUGUGUUGCAAGAGGAUGUAUAUGAGGCGAUUAGCUUUUUCAGAACUGGUAAAAUGUUGAAAGCACAAUUGUACAGCAGUUACCUUGGUACAAAAAGUAUCUGUCCCAACUCAUGUGAAGGAUUUUCGACCUAUAGCAUGCUGCACUACUUUGUACAAGAUCACCACAAAUAUCGUGACAAGUAG